UGUCACUGUCAGUGAUUAGUUACCAUCUUGUUUGUGUACAUGAAGGUGGCGUAAUAAAAUUUACAAUUCGAUAUAAACGAAAGAUUUAACCGCAAGAGUUUAAUCACAUUUUACGAUGAAUGCGCCGCCGACAUUCGAGUCAUUUCUUUUGUACGACGGAGAAAAGAAAGUUCAAAAGGAAGAGGACACAAAAGUUACGAAUGCAGCUAUAUUCACUGUUAACAAGGAAGACCAUACGCUAGGUAACAUGAUUAGGCAUCAACUUCUGAAGGACCCUAAAGUAUUGUUUGCCGGUUACAAAAUCCCACAUCCAUUGGAACAUAAAUUUGUUUUACGCAUUCAAACAACAUCUGACUACACGCCACAGGAGGCUUUCAUGAAUGCACUCACAGAUCUUACAUCAGAACUGUCUCUGUUUGAAGAAAGAUUUAAGGAGGCAAUAAAAGAAAAGAAGGAUGGUUUAGAUUAAUGGUUAAUUUUAGUAAAUAUGAUUGUUAUGAAU